AUAAGCUGCGGGCGGGUCUCAUCGUCUUCCCUGUAUACGCAUAAAUGAUUAGUCAAUCCACCGAAUGGUAGAGCGACACAGCCGCAAGCAGGGACAUGAUCACGUGAGACUCACUGAUGUCUAGUGGGGCUCACCAGUUACCUACCACCUAGGAGGAAAGCGACCGGACGGAGGUAGCAACUGAAAGAGAAACCCGAGUUAGAACAACAAAUUAGCUGGGCAAGAAAUCUAGUAGGAGAGAGAAAAACAAAUUCCAAAACCAAAAUCUAAAGAUAAAACAGCCUUGGUUAAGUUAUCGGAGACGUUUUUGUUUUUCCUUUCUUUUUUUUUUCGAAAACUAGAAAAAAAAAAGGUGUGGUACUGGAUAUUGAGUUUAGGGUUCAGCAAAGGAAAAGGAUGGCAGUUUUAACGAUGGAAACGUUACCUCUAGGAUAUAGAUUCAGGCCGACAGACGAAGAAGUCAUCAAUCACUACCUUAGAUUGAAGAUCAACGGUCGUCAUUCCGAGGUCCAGGUCGUUGCUGAAAUUGAUGUCUGCAAAUGGGAGCCCUGGGAUUUGCCUGUGAUAAAAUCGGACGAUACACAGUGGUUCUUCUUCUGCCCGCGUGACAGGAAGUACCCCAACGGCCAACGUUCCAACAGAGCAACGAAUAAGGGAUACUGGAAAGCCACGGGUAAGGAUCGAACCAUCAAGUCCAAAAAGUCACUCAUCGGCAUGAAGAAGACCUUGGUUUUUUACAAGGGACGUGCUCCCAAGGGCCAGCGUACCAAUUGGAUCAUGCACGAAUACCGCCCCACUACGAAGGACCUGGACGGCACCGCUCCUGGCCAGGAUGCUUUUGUUCUAUGUCGAUUGUUUCAUAAACCCGAAGAGAAGAAUGGUAUUGUGAAGUACGAUAAAGUUGAACAAACUGGAUAUUCGCCUGCAAUGACAAAAUCUUCUCCUGAUGACACUUCAUCGGAUCUUCUCCAAGAUACCAUGUCAUCUGAGACACAAGCUCAAAAGCCCGAUAACUCAACACAAAAUGGUCAAAUAACGGGUGACAGCAGCUGCAAUAGUCAUAUGACUUCUGAAGCAGAAGAUCGUGCAGCUGAAGAAACUAUGGUAGAGAAGUAUCCACUCCUGGGAGGCAAUUCAAAUUUGUAUGAGCCCAGUUUUGGUGAAAUUAACUACAAAGUCUUCUCGCCAAUGAGCUCGCAUCUUUUUGAAGAUCUGCAACUCUGCAUGGAUUCUCUUUAUGCAAGUGAUUUUGGCUAUGAUCAAAAUGGGUUUGGUUUCCAGGAUGGGACUAGCGGACAAGAUGUAUCUGUCUUGUUGUGGGAUGAGGUCUUGAAUAACCAUCAAAAUGAACUUCAUUUUCAUCAUGAAUCAGAGGUUGGAGCGCCUAGCUGGUUUGGUGGGCAUAUUGAUAACAAGGAACCUGAGCAAAUGCAAACUUCCUUUGAGUCUAGCAAUACUCAAACAAUGCUUAAUGACCGAGAAUUUAGAACUGGAGAUAUUGGUCUUGGAAAUUAUUCUGUUGGCGAAGCAACUUCAUCUAUUAAUUCUGCAAUCGGUGAUAUUAAUAAUUUGCAACAAUUAACUAGUCUAAAGAAUUAUAUGAAUAACGGUGGUGAUCUUGGUGGAACUGGAACCUAUCAGUCUCUGCAACAACCAAAUUCAGAAAAUUUUGGAACUCUAGGAACUGGAAUCAAGAUUAGGACCCGUGGACCUCAGCAACAAUCAAAUUCAGACAACAUUCUAAAUCAGGGCACUGCUCCAAGAAGAAUACGCUUGCAAAUGAAACUUUCUACUGGGCCAAUGAAAGUUUCUGCAGGCUGUGUUGAUGGCAAAAUGACAAGUGCCGGCCUCGGUGAAGAAGAAGUUCAAUCUGCUCUAACUGAGGUCACAGAAGCAGAAGCUACCGGACAGACUUCUAGCUCUGAUGAGUCAGAGAAAGAGAGCCAGUUACUCAAGUCGGAUUCAAGCGAGGAUGUUACUAAUGAAUCUUGUACAAAACUGAGACAGAGGCUUAAGCAAGAUAGUGAGCAUCGUAGCAGCCAAAUGGGUCCAUCAGGGCAUUCCAAGGCAGUGUCCAUGCAUCAUCACACAAGCUCCCUAUCGGUUAUUGUUUUCACUGUUUUCGUUGUUGCUAUCUUGUUCGCUCUUGUCGUGGGAAUAUGGAGGUGACAGAUCUUGAAUUCUUGAUGUUGAAAUAUGCUGUAGUCGUUUUGAUUCAUCCAAGUUCAUAGACCUGUGAGAAGAAUUGGCGGAUUUGUUGAAAGGUUAGUAGAAAAAUUUGCUCUGAUUGCAUACCGAAUUCCAUUACAAACAUGGGCUCGUCUAAGCUCCCCAUGUGGACUCAUGCGUACCGUGGGCUACUGGGGAUCGUUGUAUGAGAGAAAUGCGCACCACCAAAACGAUGGGCUCCCUUCUAUGGUUUUUUCUUUUUUUUUUUAAUUUCUUUUUGGGAAAAAUAUUCUUUCUCUUUGUAAACAACGACUAAAUGUCUUGAUUUAAAAAUAAAAAAUGAAACUUUAUUUGGACAAAAAGAAGGUUAAACUUCCCUUGACUCGGUAUGAGCAAAUGGGAGAUAUUGUUUCAGUUUACAGUGGGUUGAUCCGAUAUCAUUGACGUAUAAAUAGGAAUGUAAAUUAAAAUAGCGUUGACGUUAAAUAAGAUUGUAAACCAAAUUAAUGUUGCCGUUGAGCGGAUGAUUCGUGAACGAGCUCAAUUUUUAUUUUUUGUUUUCGUUUAUUACGUUGAAUGAAUAAUU